AUGGCCACCGUGAAGCUUUUACGAAACUCUCACUUGCCACUUCUUUUCAAACCAAAACAAAUACCCGCCAAUUUUGAAGACCCAAUUAAGCUCUUGAAAAACGCAGCCGAUACAAACAACUUAACAAUUGGCAAAGCAAUCCAUGCCCACCUCAUCAUUUCCAACCCAACCUCACAACCCCUUAACAUAUUCCACACCAACUCUCUCAUCAACUUAUACUCCAAAUGUGAUCAAAUCUCAAUUGCCCACCACCUGUUUGAUCAAAUGCCCCACAGAAAUGUGGUGUCUUGGAGUGCCUUAAUGGCUGGGUACUUGCACAAAGGGCUUGCCUUUGAAGUUCUUGGCUUGUUCAAGACCAUGGUUUCGGUGGAAAAUCUUUGCCCGAAUGAGUACGUUUGCGCAACUGUUCUUGCUUCUUGUUCGGAUAGUGGGAGAGUUAAAGAGGGGAAGCAGUGUCAUGGGUAUGUGUUGAAGGCUGGAUUGGAGUGUCAUCAGUAUGUUAAGAAUGCACUUGUGCAGAUGUAUUCGAGUUGUGCAGAGAUGGAAGGGGCCAUGAGGGUUUUGAACACUGUGCCGGGUUAUGAUAUUGUUUCGUGUAAUUCUGUUAUAAAUGGGUUAUUGGAACAUGGGCAUGUGAGGGAGGCAGUGGAGAUUGUGGGUAUGAUGGUAGGUGAGUGCAUGGCUUGGGAUAGUGUUACAUAUGUCACUGUUUUUGGCCUUUGUGCUCAGCUUAAGGAUUUGAGACUGGGUCUGCAAGUGCAUAGCAGAAUGUUGAAGGCAGGUAUGAAGUGUGAUGUGUUUCUUAGUAGCGCAAUCAUUGAUAUGUAUGGGAAAUGUGGCAAGGUUUGGAAUGCAGUGAAAAUUUUCGAUGGCUUGCAAACGCGGAACAUAUUCUCGUGGACUGCAGUCAUGGCUGCUUAUUUCCAGAAUGGGUACUUUGAGGAAGCAUUAGGUAUGUUGUCAAAAAUGGAACUUGAAGAUAUUCGUCCAAAUGAAUAUACGUUUGCUGUCUUGCUUAACUCAUGUGCAGGGUUGUCUGCUCUGAGACAUGGAGAUCUAUUACAUGCUAGAGUUAGGAAGUCAGGUUUCAAAUACCAUAUCAUUGUUGGGAAUGCAUUGAUCAACAUGUAUUCGAAGUGUGGAAACAUUCAAGCAGCAAAUGAAGUGUUCAUGGAUAUGUGUUAUCGAGAUUCUGUGACCUGGAAUGCAAUGAUAUCUGGGUUUUCCCAUCAUGGGCUUGGUAGGGAAGCAUUAAACGUGUUUCAUGAUAUGUUGACGGCAGGAGAGUGUCCUAACCACAUUACCUUUGUUGGCGUUCUCUCCGCUUGUGCUCAUAUGGGCUUGGUGCAGGAAGGUUUCUACUAUUUAAACCAACUAAUGAAGCAGUUUGGUGUUGAACCUGGACUGGAGCACCAUACAUGUGUUGUCGGGCUCCUUAGCAGGUCUGGACAACUUGAUGAAGCUGAGAAGUAUAUGAAAACUACUGAAGUCAAGUGGGACAUUAUUGCCUGGAGAACCUUGCUUAAUGCUUGUCAUGUACAUAGAAGUUACGGUUUAGGUAAGCGAGUAGCAGAGGUUCUUCUCCAAAUGGAUCCUAAUGAUAUGGGUACGUAUAUAUUAUUGUCGAAUAUGUAUGCCAAGGCCAGGAGGUGGGAUGGAGUUGUGAAUAUCCGGAAAUUGACGAGGGACAGAAACAUCAAGAAAGAGCCUGGAGUGAGCUGGAUAGAGAUAAGAAAUACGACCCAUAUCUUUUCUUCCGAUGAUAAGACACACCCGGAGACUAUUCAGAUACAUGAAAAAGUUGGGGAAUUGUUGGCCAAGAUUAAACCGUCGGGAUAUGUGCCAGAUAUUGCUGCAGUGCUACAUGACGUGGAGGAUGAACAAAAGGAAGAUUACCUAAGUUAUCACAGUGAAAAGCUAGCAAUAGCAUAUGGACUCAUGAAAACACCUUCAGAAGCGCCCAUUCGUGUCAUUAAGAACCUCAGGAUAUGUGAUGAUUGCCAUAUUGCUGUGAAACUAAUUUCUAAGGUCACAAACAGGGUUAUAAUUGUUAGAGAUACCAAUAGAUUCCAUCAUUUCCAAGACGGGAGGUGCUCAUGUGCAGAUUACUGGUGACAAUGAUGAGAGCUGUAAACAUCUUAAUUACCAGAGAAGGAAAUUGUAUCUUUUCUGGUCAUAGAGGUUACCCCAUGUUAGCCUCUAUGAGUGUGGGCUGUGUGGCUGCUCCUAGCCUACUGAACUUGCGACUUGCUAUGCAGAAGUUCACGAAAUGCAAGUGAGUUACAUGCUCUCUAGAGUAAAUGACUUACGAGCUACUUCCAUUUCUAUUUAAUUGAUAGCAAAAGAUUUUGAAUGAGUUUCUAAUUUCCAGAUUACGACUUUUAGCAAGGUUAGUCACCUGAAGAAUCCAAGACAAAGUGAAGGAAGUUUCAGAAUAGUGACUGAGUGAGGGCUAAGUUAUUUCACUAAA